AUGCCAGUAUAUUCAAUUUCACAUGUUGAAAAUGUUAGAGUCUGUGUGGUUAUGGUUGGAUUGCCAGCCCGGGGAAAAUCAUUAAUUGCUCAGAAGAUCGUGAGAUAUCUUUCGUGGCUCUCCAUCAAAUCUAAAUGCUUCAAUGUUGGAACAUACAGGCGGAAGCUCGUGCCAUGCGAAAGUACAACGGCAGAAUUCUUUGAUCCACACAAUGAGAAGGGGUUGAAAUACAGAGAGGAGGCGUUAAAUUCGGCGAUGAAGGACAUGAUGAAUUGGUUUACCGAGGACAACGGGGUUGUUGGUAUUUUGGACGCAACUAACUCAACAAGGGCUAGAAGGGACAAGAUUUUGAAACUAUGCCGUGAAAACUACAUAGAACCAAUGUUUUUGGAGAGUUGGUGUGAUGAUAAGGAUUUGGUCUUGCAGAAUAUUGCUGAUGUCAAGACCACAUCAACCGAUUAUGUGAAUAAGGAUGAAGACUAUGCAACUAAGGAUUUUUUGCAGAGAAUCAAAUAUUAUGAGGAUAUAUAUGAAACAAUGGACAGGGAUACAGACAGUGAUCUCACCUUUAUCAAAUUAGUGAACGUCAAUUCGCAAGUGAUUCUCAAUAAGAUUGAGAGUUAUUUGGAAAGUCGCAUUGUCUAUUACGUUAUGAACUUGCAUAUUAAACCCAGGUGUAUUUGGCUUUCAAGACACGGUGAAUCUGAAUUUAAUUUAACUGGGCAAAUCGGUGGUGAUGCAAAUCUUUCUGAGAGAGGAAGGCGUUAUGCUAAGAAGUUACCCGAGUUAGUUCUCAAGUCUUUUGGGGAAGAGAACAAGCAUACUAAUCUUACAGUUUGGACUUCAACUUUACAAAGAACACAACAAACAGCAUCAUUUUUGCCAUACAAGAAAAAAUUACAAUGGAAGGCUUUGGAUGAAUUAGAUGCUGGUGAGUGUGAUGGCAUGACUUAUGAAGAAAUCGAACAAAAGUUUCCGGAGGAUUUUAAGGCGAGAGAUGACAAUAAGUACGAAUAUCGUUACAGAGGUGGUGAAUCGUACCGUGAUAUCGUAAUCAGGUUGGAACCAAUUAUUAUGGAAUUAGAAAGACAAGAAAACAUUUUGAUUAUUACUCACCAGGCAGUCUUGAGAUGCUUAUAUGCGUACUUCAUGAAUGUCCCACAAGAAGAAUCUCCAUGGAUGUCGAUUCCUUUGCAUACGUUAAUUAAGAUAGAACCAGGAGCAUACCAAACAUUAGUCAGUAGAAUUAAAGCGGAUAUUCCAGCAGUAAGUACCUACAAAGAGAAAGGAACAUCGCAGUUGGGCGAGCUUGCGACCGGUUCUACCAUUAAAAGCAGAGAUCUCAUCAAAGACAGUGAAUGCGUUCGAAACAGUAUGCAACAAUAA